CGUGACGUUAGCAACCCACAAACCCUGCGCGCCCCACCGCGAGCUCAAAACAGACGCAGCGCGCGCUCUGAGGUGCAGCACGCGAAACGGAGCUCUUCUCUGCUGCUUGAGACUGCAAAGACGAAAGCUGUUCCGGAUAACAUCAAGAGCAGAAAACAUAUGUGUGCAUCAUGAAGUUUGCGGCUUUAGUCUGUUUGGUUGUUUUCUUCGCUGCAGAUGGGGAGUCCAUGCCAGUCGAGCAGGACAGCCAAAGAGAAGACCUGCUUACCCAGUGUUUAGUUCACAUCCUUUCAAAGGCAUUGUAUAAGACCGAUGAUACUCCACUGCAUCCAGAAUGCAAAAACAUCCUUAGACCAGGAUCAGGUCAUUCAUCAGUUGUGAAAGACGAGGAUGACACCCUAGAACCAGUUCAAGAAGAACUUAUAAAGCCAAGAGGAGAGUCUAAAGUCAAGGAGGAACUCAUUGAGGAUCUUCUCAAAACUAACAAACGGGAGGAGAUGGAUGACGAGCGAAGCCAGGAAGAGUUCCCAAGUUUUCUGAAAAGAAGAAUGAAAGAAAAACGUGACGAACUGGAUGACGAACGAAGCCAAGAAGAGUUCCCAAGUUUUAUGAAAAGAAGAAUGAAAGAAAAACGUGACGAACUGGAUGACGAGCGAAGCCAAGAAGAGUUCCCAAGUUUUAUGAAAAGAAUAUUGAACGAAAAACGUGACGAACUGGAUGACGAGCGAAGCCAAGAAGAGUUCCCAAGAUUUAUGAAAAGAAUAUUGAACGAAAAACGUGACGAACUGGAUGACGAGCGAAGCCAAGAAGAGUUCCCAAGUUUUAUGAAAAGAAGAAUGAAAGAAAAACGUGACGAACUAGAUUAUGACCGGAGCCAGGAAGAGUUCCCAAGUUUCUAUAAAAGAAGCAACAAGCAUAAAAGGGCAGAUCCCGACGAUGAGAGAAGCCAAGAGGAAUUUCCCCAGAAAAGACACGUUUCUGUCCUUUACAAACGUGAUAAUCUUGAUGAGGAGCGCAGCCAGGAGGAAUUCCCUCUGUAUGAUUAUAAAAGGACUCAUCUUCUGACCAGCAAAGAAAAACGUGAAGAGUCGGACUAUGAUAGAAGCCAAGAAUUAUUCCCAAGUUACACCCACAAAAGAAACCAUGGGGAUGGAGAAGAAGAGGAUGAGGAGAGUGAGGAAAGAGAGAAGCGGAUCUGGAAGCCAUCACAUAGAUACCACCACAAGAAAAAGCAACACAAACGCAGUGAGAAUGAGGAUUUCGAAGAACCAGACUAUUACAGAAGUCAAGAAGACUUCCCAAGCUACAGCCAAAAAAGAAGCCAUGGGGAUAGCAGGGACUACAAACCAAAUGAAGACCUGCUGAACAAGCAUAUUAAUGAGGACUUAAACUCUCGGGAAGAGAAUUCUGAAGAGGUAGACGAGGAUACAGCAAAGCGAUACUGGAAACCCACCCAUAGAUACCAUCAUAAGAAGCACCACAAAAGACCCGUGGAAAAAAGGUACGAGGACUCAGAGGAAAGUGAGGAAAUGGAUAAAAGGAUCUGGAAGCCAACACACAGAUAUCACCAUAAGAAGCUUCAUCACAAGCGUGGCGACUCCACAGAGCUCAAGGAUGAAGAUGAACCCAUCUCACAGAAGACUCACAGUCUCCAUGACUCAACAGGCAAUGAAGAGGAAGAAGAAGAAAAUGUUCAUGAGCUUAAUGAAAAGAGGCGUCCCUUAACCAGCCAAGAGGAGGAAGAUGAGCUGAAGAAAGGACACCAGAGUUUUGCAGAGGAGAAGCAGGACAGGGAGACUGCGUUGCGGUACCUAACAAAAAAGAAGAAUGAGUUAAAGGAACGUCUACUUAACAAAGGUGAUGUCUAUGAGAAGCGUUCCCCAUGGAUUUACAGAGGAUUCUACCAUCCAGCCUGGUAUAAGAGAGGCCAUAAGGUGGAUGAAAGCACUGACCAGCACCCCUACCAUAAACUAGAGGACUUUGCUGAGACUCUCCGGUACAAAAGAGGCCUGCUUACUAAUGGGGAGUCAUUCGAGGAGGAAAAGGGUGUCCCCCAACAGAAGCUUCUCACACCAGAGUUAAAAGAACUUGAGAAACUGGCCUCUGUGGAUCAACAGAUGAAAGAGACAACUUAACCAUUCGAGACAUCAUUUUCUUGCCCUGCCCGAUUUCAGUGAGCUUUGUGUGUUCUUUUGCUGCUUUAGAUGAAUGCAUUACU